GAUUGAGGUUGAGGAGAUUCUUGAUGUGGGGUAGUCGCCAUAGUAUAAGAGCUAUAUUGUCACAUUGCGGCCAGAUCGAGUCCAAGGUCCGGUAUUGUGUGUCCAGGAAUCGUCUCUGAUUUCCCCCUCACCGGCGAAGUCAUACAAGCAGCCUGGAUCCAACUCCUCUAGAACUAUCAACCAUUUGCAGGCAGUGAAGCCACGGUCGAUGUCUUCCUUCAAUGUCAACAAUGGUAUCAGUUAUGUGCGUUUCGUCAACCCAACAUGGUCCCAAACUCGCAGCUUGUAUACCGAGCCAACAAUGUGACAUUUGCGUACGUUAAUUUCGGGCGGGAUGAAGAUAAUCCUGGCGUUUCAUCACUCGUAAAUUCGCAAAUCAAUGUCUUCGCCUACCAUCUACAGGGUGUCUCAAUAAACAAUAGCCCAGAAACACUAGCCAGCCUGGCUCGGAAGAUGCAACAACAACGCGGGGAGAACAGCGCACAUGCAUCUUGCAGCAUUAGUGAAGUCGUCAAGGAUACAGUACAGCUGGACAAGCUGUUCAAUACAGGAGUACAUCUUCAACGCCGUCCGAUGUCCAUGGGGAAUGAGAUUUUGGGUAUAGAUGAUUCACUCGAGGAUAGUAAGAAAGUAUGUAUGUAAAUCAAUGAUAAAUAUACCCCACCUUGCCCGCGUGCCAACA